AACGCUUUAAAGAAUGGCGAGUGUUCGGAGCCUUCAGACAAGCAGGAGCAGCGCCUGGGGAUGAAGAGAAAAAACAAUAAAAAGAACAGGAACAGAAAGAAGAGCAACACCGUGCCUUUGAAACAGUGGAAAGUUGGUGACAGCUGUAAUGCUGUUUGGUCUGAGGACGGUAAUGUGUACCUGGCAACUAUUGCCUCCAUCAACCAGAAGAGAGGCACAUGUGUGGUUACUUACAUGGGAUAUGGAAAUCAGGAGGAGCAGAACCUGUGUGAUCUACUUCCUCCAGCCAGUGAUGAAACAAACGAAAAUGAGACUUCAUAUUCAACAGACGAAAGCGAAAAAUCCUUCCAGUCACCUCGAAACAAAAACAACUUCACAAAAGCAAGAUUCUCCCCUCAAAAACUACGUUUUCCCAUACCACCAGCAGCCCCAGGCCUGGGAAGGCCUGGAUCAAAAUUCAGGGCACCUCCAUCAUUUUUAUCUUGCUGGCCCCCGCCCUUCCCAGCAGGACCACCG